AUAUGAUGGAUUCCGAUAAUGAGACGCUUGAAGUCGAAGAUCUCUCAAUAACGCAGGACGUACCCGACAAGACAGCACAUAACAACUCUAUUCCCUAUCAAGCCUUGCAGGGAGACGAGAUCCGGAUCCUCAUUCUCGAACCCGGCGAACUGGGCACAAAACUUCAUGGCCGUCUGAUCCAUGUAUCAUUACAAGCUGCGCGCAAAAAGUACGCAGCGUGCUCCUAUGUCUGGGGACAGCAAAAUACCGACCGCGUCCAACUGCGCGUGGAAUAUGGAGACGUGCACAACACCACCGUCGGUCACAAUCUGGGACAAUUUCUGCAUAAUAUCCGCCGUCCCGCUGGGGAAUCACUGGCCCUAUGGGCGGACGCAUUAUGUAUUAACCAAGAUGAUAACGCGGAGAAGUCACGCCAGGUAGCAAGAAUGGUCGAUAUAUAUAAAGAGUGUCAAGCAGUGUUUGCCUGGCUCGGAUCAGCCAACGAAUCCACGCAACGACUGUUACGCGGGAUCCUCAAUCUUUCAAAAAGUAUUCAGGGCGUCGUAGCGUCGUCGGACUUUUUUCCAGCACUGAUGGAUCGCGGAGUUCUGCAAAGAUAUCUACUGCAAAGAUGGCAGAGCAUUUGGGAUCCGCAAGGCCUCACCCUCGUAGAAAAACUUGCAAUCCAUGUAAAACAAGAAUGGAUGAAAGACCCUGACCCAGGUGACGCGCAUUACAUGCUCCUUUUAAACGUUCUCAUCGACGAUUCGGGACUUUUCUACAAGGACGUCGAUGAGUCGGACCAACCAAUCACCAUGCUGAAAGGAAUCCACAGCAUAUGCGGCAUGGAGUGGUGGAACAGAAUGUGGACAGCUCAAGAGUUCAUCCUGGCUCCUGACGCAUACUUCGUACUCGGAAGGGCCUUCAUCCCGCAGCAACAGCUCUUAUCGGUCUUCCAGCUCUGCGAAGCUGCCACUGAUUUCAUUGGCAUGCAUCGAGCCCACACGGUGCAUCUCCCGUGGCUUGAGGAAGCUUACAUGGCAAAUGUCGGAGGAUACCCGAAUUUUUGGACCGUCAACCAAUUCUGCCGUUUACGCACCGUACUGAAAGACGCAGCCAAGGAAGACUCCAUAAUCGAUCCACUGUUAAUACUCGCGUUCCUAAACAACGUGCCUGUCAAAAACCGGUCCGGUUGGCAUAUCAAAGGAGCGACUGAUCCUCGAGACCGCAUCUACGCGCUUCUUGGGAUGGUGGCAGAUGAUCAAUCGUCCAUCGUGCCCGAUUACACAAAAACAACGGAAGAAGUAUAUACAGAGUUCUCCGAGUCCUUCCUCAGCCAAGGCCACCUCCCUCUACUAUGGAUCCUGCAUCCUACCCAAAACAAGUUCUCUUUACCAUCAUGGUGUGUAGACUGGUCCGCCAUCGCACCCAAAACCCAUUUCUCCGCACUCAUAACCCAAGAACACAUGGGCAAGCGAUGCGACAUCACACCAUCAUUCACCACCCAUCCAUUAGGAAGAGCCAUGACCAUUCAAGCUCACGCCCUCGGCCGCAUCGCUCGCAUGUACCCUGCAACCUCCUCAUACCGAGCCCAUCCGAACUGCCAGGGCAGACCCAGCGAGGACAACCAGAAAAACCCCGAUGACCACUUCUCCAACUGCACCGGCCUAUUCGAUCUCUACGAAGCCAUCAAGUCUCGCGCUACCUCCGAAGAAAACGCUCUCUACGAGCUCCUCCGCUUCGCAUCAGAACCCCGCGCGGACCGCACCCCAACGCCCGGAAUCGAGCCUCACACCGCGACAACAUACUGCUUUGGCCUCCUGCGAUCGUUAUCAAUGCGCGCCGAUCUAUCAUUGUUCGAUUCUUCUUUGGUGAAAUCCCUUUCCGGUAUCGCGGAUUCUUUUGAGAGGAUCCCGGAGCGGAAUUGUACUGCGCUCACGGCGGAGGGACAUGUAGGCUGUGCGAUGGAGGAGGCGCGGUGCGGGGAUAUGCUGGUUGCGGUUGGGGAGUAUAAGGCGCCGUUGAUUGUGCGAGAAGUUGAGGGGGAUGAGGGGUACUGGAGGAUUAUUGGGUGUGGUUGGUUUCCGUCGUCGAGGGAUAGCUUAGAUCGGGAUGGGGCGGUAUUGCUGAGGGAGUUUAGGAUUGUGUGA